AACACUAUCCUACCCAGCUGGGAGCCGGAAGCCAAAAAGACUCAUGGGAGUUGGAUAGCUAGGAAAACUACGGUGGAAGAUAGUCUGGAAGAAGUGGUGGCAGAUGUCUCAUGGCCACAACAUCCAUAACUAUAUCCCCUUCACAUCUUCCAACCUCUUUAGUUCUCAGGCCUAAGCCUCAUGCAUUGGUACCUUCCUCUUUUCCCUCAAGGAGAAAAUUAUCUUAUCCAAAUCCACCCUGCGCGCUUCCUCUAAAAACCGGUAAAGGAUGGAAAAUUUCUGCUUUUAGGGACAGUUUUUUGCUUUUAGAGGCGAGCACCGUUGAGAAUUCCCAAGAACUGGUCUCCGCAGGUGAUGAUGGUGCAUCCUCCAUCAUAUUUGCACUGCUGUUCGUUGCUUUCGUAGGCUUAUCUAUUCUCACCGUUGGGGUAAUCUACAUGGGUGUGACGGAUUUCUUGCAAAAAAGGGAAAGAGAGCAAUUCGAGAAAGAGGAGGCAGCUGCGAAGAAGAAAAGGGUUAAGAAGGGGAAGAUGGGAAGUAGAGCAAGAGCUGGGCCUAGAGGUUUCGGACAAAAGAUUGAGGAGGACGGUGGUGAUGAAUUAGAUUAGGAAAGAGAACAAUCGCUUAGGAUUAUUCUGCGACUUUUUCAUGUUUUGUUUUUUCACGCGUUCUAAUGUUUCCUCUUCUUUUUUUUUCCUCAAUUUUUGGUAAGAAAUGUUUCUGUAUUACAUAACGGAAUGGCAAUGAUUUUUUUGGUUUUAGUUGUCAUAAGAGCUGAUUAGAGAUCGUCAA